AUGGCCAGCGACGGGGCCAGGAAGCAGUUCUGGAAGCGCAGCAACAGCAAAGUCCCGGGCAGCAUCCAGCAUGUGUAUGGCGCCCAGCACCCCCCCUUCGACCCGCUGUUACACGGCACCUUGCUCAAGGCCGCGCCCAAGGCUCCCACCACACCCGUGAAGGCCAAGAGAAUCAGCACCUUCCAGGAGUUUGAGAGCAACACCAGCGACGCCUGGGAUGCCGGCGAGGACGACGACGGGCUCCUGGCCAUGGCGGCAGAGAGCCUGAACACCGAUGUGGUCAUGGAGACGGCCAACCGUGUCCUGCGCAACCACAGCCAGCGGCAGGAGCGCCACAAGCUGCAGGAGGCGCCGGGCCCCGAGCAGAAGCCAGAGCCUGUGGCAGAGCCUCCUUUGGUCCCGAGCGGUGACCUCCGGCUGGUGAAGUCCGUCAGCGAGAGCCACACGUCCUGUCCUGCAGAAGGUGCCAGCGACACUGUCCCUCUGCAGCGCUCCCAGUCUCUCCCACACUCGGUGACGGUCGCCAUGGGUGGGACGUCUGACCCCAGCGCCCUCAGCAGCUCAGCGUUAAGUGAACGAGAGGCCUCCCGGCUCGACAAGUUCAAGCAGCUUCUUGCUGGUCCCAACACAGACCUCGAGGAACUACGGAAGUUGAGCUGGUCCGGAAUCCCUAAGCCGGUUCGCCCCAUUACCUGGAAGCUGCUCUCAGGCUACCUUCCUGCCAAUGUGGACCGAAGACCAGCCACUCUCCAGAGAAAACAGAAAGAAUAUUUUGCUUUUAUUGAGCACUAUUACGACUCUCGGAAUGAUGACGUUCACCAGGACACCUACAGGCAGAUCCACAUAGACAUCCCUCGAAUGAGUCCGGAAGCAUUAAUACUUCAACCCAAAGUGACAGAGAUUUUUGAAAGGAUAUUGUUUAUAUGGGCGAUACGUCACCCUGCCAGUGGAUAUGUUCAGGGGAUUAAUGACCUUGUCACUCCUUUCUUUGUAGUCUUCAUGUGCGAACACAUAGAGGAGGAGGAUGUGGACGCUGCCGACGUCUCCCGCGUGCCCGCGGACGUGCUGCGUAACGUCGAGGCCGACACGUACUGGUGCAUGAGCAAGCUGCUGGACGGUAUUCAGGACAACUAUACCUUUGCCCAACCUGGGAUUCAAAUGAAGGUGAAAAUGUUGGAAGAGCUCGUGAGCCGGAUUGACGACCAAGUCCACCGGCACCUGGACCAGCACGAGGUGAGGUACCUGCAGUUCGCCUUCCGCUGGAUGAACAACCUGCUGAUGCGGGAAGUGCCCCUGCGCUGCACCAUCCGCCUGUGGGACACCUACCAGUCUGAACCCGACGGCUUCUCUCAUUUCCACCUGUACGUCUGCGCUGCUUUUCUGGUGAGAUGGAGGAAGGAAAUUCUAGAAGAGAGGGAUUUCCAGGAGCUGCUGCUCUUCCUUCAGAACCUGCCCACAGCCCACUGGGGCAAUGAAGACAUCAGCCUGCUGCUGGCUGAGGCCUACCGCCUGAAGUUUGCCUUCGCGGAUGCGCCCAAUCACUACAAGAAAUGAGUGGGGACUGCGCAGCAGGCCUCACCCUGCCCCGGGGCCGCGCCCCCACCCCACCAGGGGCUGCAGGUGUGGCCGAGGAGAGGCCCUGCUGCCGCAGCCCUGCCCUCCGGGGAGCUGGCCAGGACCUGGCGUCAGACGAGGGCCCGGGCCUGGCUGGGGGGUGGGGGGCGCCUGUGUUUCCUAAGAUACCAAAGAGAGCCAGGGGAGGGUCUUGGCCCUUCAGGGGGCCAGGGGUGGGUGGCCGUCUCCCUGCCCUGUCCCUGGAGGGUCCUUGCCAAAUGUCCGCCUCCCGGAGCCCCCAGGGCACAGCAGCCAGAGAGCCAGACCCUCUGGGAGAGGCCUUCGGUCCAGUGCCAGGGGCAGAAGGAGGCGGUAGUCAUCUCAUACCUGCUUUGAAAUGCAAAAAUCCUACUUUGUUGUGUGAAAGAGAAUAAAACAUAGACAGAAUAAGAA